GAGACGGAGAUCCGCACGAGACGGAGGGAGCGUGACGUCCUCGAGGAGGAGGUGAAGAAGAACAAUCUAACAUGUCAGACUUUGGAGAAUGAACUCCAAGAUGUUCUCCAGGAGAAGCACCUGACUCUCCAGUUGUUCAACAACAGCCACAAGGCGUCCGAAUAUGACAAGGUAAAGUCCGAGUAUGCCCUGCUCAGAGACACGCUUGGUGCUGUGACUCGUGAGAGAGAUUCAGCCCUGCGGGAGAAGACCCAGCUCCAAGGCAAACUGGAGAACUUAGAGCAGGUGCUCAAGCAUAUGCGCGAGGCUGCAGAGAGGCGGCAGCAGCUAGAGUUGGAGCAUGAGCAAGCCUUGGCUGUCCUCAAUGCAAAGCAGCAGGAGAUUGACCUUCUGCAGAAGGCUCAGGUUGAGGCUAAGAAGGAGCAUGAGGGCGCGGUCCAUCAGUUAGAGAACCACUUGGACAGCAUGCAGGCCAAAGUGCGAGAGCUGGAGGAGAAAUGUCGAACGCAGAGUGAGCAGUUCAACCUCCUGUCCAAAGAGCUGGAGAAGUUCCGGCUGCAGGCGGGGAAGUUUGAUAUCCUUGGCGCCGACCCCUUGACUGGAUGUGAAUCCCCCGGCUCCCCCAACAAGACCCUCUCCCAGCUCCUCAACGGACUGGCUGCCCCCAUCGGGAAAGGCAAUGACAGUUCUCUGAGCAGAUCGUUGAUAUCCGAGUUCAUCCGCCCACUCCAGCUCAGCGGGGACAAGCCUGAGCUGCUGUCGGUGAAGCCAACCUUCCUCACCCGCAGCCAGGCCAGCAGCACUGGGCGGGCCGUGCUCUCCGAAAUGGAAAAACAACUGAGCUCAACGACUAGGUCCAGGCCCAGAUUCACUGGCAAAGUCCGUCUGUGUAUAGCCCGGUACAGCUAUAACCCUUACGAUGGGCCGAAUGAGCAUCCUGAGGCAGAGCUCCCCCUGGUGGCAGGGAAGUACCUGUACGUGUAUGGAACCAUGGACGAUGAUGGCUUCUACGAUGGGGAGCUGCUGGACGGACAGCAAGGCCUCGUCCCCUCCAACUUCGUGGACUUGGUUCAGGACGAGGAGACGUCUUCCAUCCACUCCAGGGAGAGGACCAAGGAGCCAAGCUACCUCAACCAGAGUAGCCUGGGCUCUCAGGCGCUGGGCCUGGGAGUGAGCAUGGACCUGGGGACCCUCACCUGCCUGGACGACCUCCUGUCGGACAGCAAGCUGGACUGUCUCCGCACCUCCAUCAGCAGCAGCGCCGGCCUGGGCAUGGACCUCCUUGGAAGCACCUACAGCAACGGGACGGGAACCCUGGACGUGAGCGUGGAUGAGGUGGGCGAAGACGUCGUGCCUUACCCCCGCCGCAUUAGCCUGAUCAAGCAGCUGGCCAAGAGCGUGAUCGUGAGCUGGGACCCGCCCGUCGUGCCUCCAGGCUGGGGCUCCGUCAGCGGCUACAACGUCCUGGUGGACCAGGAGGUGCGCAUGAGCGUGCCCUUCGGCGGCAGGACCAAGUCCCUGAUCGAGAAGCUGAACCUGGCCACGCGCACCUACCGCAUCUCUGUGCAGAGCGUGACGGAGCGCGGGCCCUCGGACGAGCUGCGCUGCACCCUGCUGGUGGGGAAGGACGUGGUGGUGGCGCCCUACUACCUGCGGGUUAACAACAUCACGCAGGUCUCUGCCGAGCUCUCCUGGAUGCCCAGCAACAGCAACUACAGCCACACCAUCUUCCUCAACGGCGCGGAGUACGACAUGGUCAAGGCGGGGGGGUACAAGUACCAGUUCUUCAACCUGAAGCCCAUGACCGUUUACAAGGUGAAGGCCGUGGCCAGGUCCCACCAGGUGCCUUGGCAGCUUCCUCUGGACCAGAGGGACAAGAGGGAGAUAUCUGUGGAGUUCUGCACGCAGCCUGCAGGACCCCCCUUCCCCCCCCAGGAGGUGCAGGUUCACUGUGGCCAGAGCCCUGGGGUCCUGCAGGUGCGCUGGAAGCCCCCGCCCCUCACCCCUGCCGGGACCUCCAACGGGGCCAACGUGAUUGGCUACGCCGUGUGCACCAAGGGACAGAAGAUAGCGGAGGUCCUGUACCCCACAGCCGACUACGUGACGAUAGAGCUGAACCAGAUCCAGGGCCUGGAGGCCCGGGAGGUGAUAGUCAGGACGUUGUCAGCACAAGGGGAGUCCCAGGACUCCCCCGUAGCCACCAUCCCACACACCCUCCUGGGCUCCCCUCGCCUCCCCCACAGGCAACUUGCACAUCCCCCUCCCAUGCCUCACCCCCAGCCCCCUCCGGCACACACGCAAACCUACCCCCCUUACCCCCAGACCUACCCGCCAUCGCACCCCCAGCCCCACGUCCUGCCCCGGCCCCAGCCCCACACGCUGCCCCACGGCCAGCCGCACUCCCAGCCCCCGCGCCACCCUCCCCCGCACCCCCAGCCCCAUCUGCAGACCCACCCCAUCCCCAAGGCCAAGCCCCUGGGAAGUGCCCGAGAGCCCCAAACCAAAGAUCGCGAGGGCGGGGGCCUGCGGCCCGGACAGCCGUGGGAGCACGCCCGCACGCCCUCGCCCCACCCUCCGGCCCGUGGACACACCCUGGAGCCGCCCCACUACCAGCCGAGGCGGUCGCCCUCGCCCCAGAGGAUCCUGCCCCAGCCUCAGGGGGUCCCCAUCCCCAACACCAUCGCCAAGGCCAUGGCCAGGGAGGCUGCCCAGCGGGUGUUCGCCGAGGGAAACCGGGUCGAGAAGAGGAACAUCUUCAGUGACCGGGGUGACGCCCUGCAUCCUCUCAACUCUGACGAGGAGGAGGACGGCUACGACUCGCCCCACGCCCGCCGGAGAGGCGCCUCCGUGGACGAGUUCCUCCGGGGCUCCGAGCUGGGGAGACAUCACCACCACUACAGCCACAGUGAGGAGUACCAGACCGAGAGCAGCCGUGGCUCGGACCUGUCUGACAUCAUGGAGGAGGACGAGGAGGACCUCUACUCUGAGAUGCAGCUGGAGGAGGGCCGCCGGCGGAGCAUCAACUCUCACAACACUCUCAAGGCGUACUACCGGCGGCAGGACCUGGGGGAGGAGAGGGACUCGUGGGACCUGCAGAGGGAGGUGGUGAGGCAGAGGUCUCUCCGCAGCAAGCGGCUCCACAGCAUCCCCGAGGUGUCGGAGGAGGAGCCCGACAGCGUGGACGGCCUGGGCCAACGGCUCCGCUUCGAGGACGGCGGGGGGCGUCCCGGUACCCCCCGCAUGCAGCGCAGGAACCGCAUGUACCCACCCGACCCCCCCCUCCACCACCACCUCUCCCCCAACAAGAACUCCCGCCGCCUGCAGCGCCAGCGCUCCUCACCCCGCUACUGCGACGGUCGCUACGGUUACUCCCUGGAGGACCGCUUCCCGGGCCGGCCCGCCCGCCAGGCCACCAAGAGCCCCGACAGCGGCCUGGACUGCGGCAGCGAGGAGGAGGGCUCCCUGGGUUACCGCGGCUACCACGGUUACGGCCCCAUGCGGGCCCCCGUGCGGGUCAUCCACUGCGAGGGCCCGGUGGAGCGGCGGGCCCUGGCCAUGGGCCGCAAGAGGACCCUGACGCGCCAGUGCAGCAUGGAAGAGGAGUUCUGCGACGGGCCCGGCUCCGCCCCCAAGACGGGCCACGUGGGGGAGCUGCGGAGCAGGGAAGUCCGCUACGGACCGGACCGGGAGCCCGGGCCCAGAUUCUACCCCAGGGAGGCAGGCCUGAGCCAGGCCAGGUUCAGCCAGCUGGACAGGGCCUAUCUCACUCACAGGGACAGUAGGGCCAGGCCCGUCAGGGGCAGCGAGCAGCCGCUGAUCAUAGGGAACUCCCCCUCUCACGGGCGCUCCGAGCGGAUGGACCACUCAGGACGGAGGCCAGUCGGUGGAGGGCCUGCCCCCCAGCGACGCCCCAUCACGGUCCCUUCCAUUGAGAUCACCAUGGAGAGUAACAGUGAGGGGAGUGAGGGGAACCUGUCAUCUGGCAAGGAGGAUGGUUACUAUGGCAGUGUAGCUCGGCGCAGGAAAUGGCAUCACUAUGACGGGUACGGAGGGCGUGGCCACAUGCGGGGACGAGCGCGGCGCAGCCAGGAGUACUACGAGGAGUCUGAGGGCGAGGAGCCGGCCCGCGUGUUCGUGGCGCUGUUCGACUACGACCCGCUGUCCAUGUCCCCGAACCCGGACGCAGCCGACGAGGAGCUGCCCUUCAAGGAAGGACAGAUCAUCAAGGUGUUUGGGAACAAGGACACAGAUGGGUUCUACAGGGCGGAGGUCAGAGAGCGGCCGGGGCUCAUUCCCUGUAACAUGGUGUCUGAGAUCCAGACUGAGGACGACGACAUGAUGGACCAGCUGCUCAAACAGGGCUUCCUGCCCCUCAACACCCCGGUAGAGAAGCUCGUCAACUGCAACCGCUUCAAAGAUGGCCGCUCAAUAAACCGCAGGUCCCGAAAAUCCAAGAGAGAGAGGAACCGGCGUAGCGGGCGUCAGCACCCGGCCUCCACCCGCAGGAUGGUGGCCCUGUAUGACUACGACCCCAGGGAGAGCUCCCCUAACGUGGAUGUGGAGCCACAGUAUGGGAGAAACAGGCUGAUGGAGGAGGCUGAAUUGACAUUCUGUGCCGGAGACGUCGUCAACGUCUUUGGCGAAAUCGACGAAGAUGGAUUUUACUAUGGUGAACUCAAUGGACACAAGGGCCUCGUCCCCUCCAACUUUCUCGAAGAAGUGCCUGACGACGUGGAGGUUUUUCUAACGGACUCUCCAUCUCGGUACCCGCAGGACGCUCCGGCGAGGAUCAAGACCAAAAGGGUACACGCUCUCACGCAGUACUAGCCCUCUGUCAUCCAUCUACUCCUUUCAGGUCCCUCUGUCACUCUCCUUCCUCCUUUAGUUUCUCCGUCCGUGCUUGUGUGUGUUUCCUUGUCGAGGUUACGAUGGGGGACGCUUUGUCCGCUGUAGACUGCAACGACGUCCCAGAGCUACCUUUUAGAUACCACACUGAGGGUCGUUUUUCCUUUUUCAAUGUUGACUGCUGUGAAAAGGGGGAAACUUAUGCACUGUACGUAAAAUAUCUGGACAUACCGUAUUCAUAAAGCAUUCUUCCUAGCGAAGGGGUGGGAGCAGCAAGAUGCUGACUUAAAAAGGUUACGUAAUAUCUUGGGAACGUCCACAAACUUUUUUUCUUUUGCACAUGCAUAUUUAGCAUUGUAGUAAUGCUUUAUGAAUAUAAUCUGUGUUUGAUCUAAAAUAACUGACGAUAGAGGGAGUAGUUUUGAUGUAUCGGAGGAUGAAAUAUGUAGAGUGUAGUGCCGCAUGUUCAAUCUUUAAGAUGCAUGGAUUCUCCUUGAACAGUUUUAUAAGAAAAACAAGUCAAGUACUCUCAUUUUUGUAUUUGCCUCCUGAACGCCUUGUUUUUGUAUAUUGCUUAACUGUAAAAUAGCACGCCAGACGUCAACUAAUUUAUGUUCCUAUCAGAGUAUAAUUUCAACAAAAAGAAAACAUUCUAUAACUAGUUGUAAAUAUGUGUCAAAAAAAUUGUGUUAACACAUAACUGCAAUUGAUGUUUGAAUACCAACAGGUUUGCAUCAGAGAUUUCCUUGGUUUAUAGUUUUGCCAUUCUCACAGUGCAGAUUAUUGAAAUGCCAUCACUGCAUUUUAUUUUAUUUAUUUCUUUUUUUUUCUCACCGCUUGGCAAACCAGAAGAAGAGUGUUCAUUUCACACCUUAAAGGCUCUGUUUCCGUCACGUAAGUGGGCAACUGAGGAUACCAAGGUUACGUUCCUCUCGUCUAAUGCAGGUGACAUGGGCACCUCUAAGUUAUGGUACACACACACACACACACUUUUUCAUAACACCUUUCGUCAACAUCUUUCUUUGUUGCCUCGGAAACACACAACAACGCAUCCCACAUUUGGCUCUUACGUAACGAUAGAGAGAGAGCGUUUGGAGAAAAGCGCGUGUUCUCUCACUGAAUAACAACCGCCCCAGUCAGUGCAUUAGACGAGAAGCAUGGUGUCUUCGGUUGUUUCUCUGAGUGUUGUACGACUAUGUCCGUCACCCACUCUUAGUCUCCUGCUGUAACUCAUGAAAAGCUAAAAGGCUAAUUGUUGCACGACCCAGGAUGCUUCACCUGUAGAAGUAGCGCUAGACUGAGCCAGGCCCCUAACACUGACCCCCUAGCACCUCCCCUCUGCCUGAAGUAGUGCACCCCAUCAAACCCACCCAAUCCUGUGUCAUGGCGGAUGCCAACCAAUGACAACAUGUCAGACAAGCUCAGGGAUUUCCUGGAGCUUCUCCCUGUUGGGCACAAAGCUGUAGUCUGCUCAAAAAUCUGACACGAUGUGGCACUGUUUGUGGGGGUGCACUUUUUCUCUUUCACCUAACGAAUGACGCAAAAUGGUAAAACAAGCCAUUAACAUUUUUUAUCCUCAUAGAGCUGGCAUUUAGUUUAGAUUUUCAAACCUCAUUUUAAUUAACAUGAGAAACUGAGUAUCUCAUUUUUUUUUGUUGGUUAAGUUUGCAUAAAUAAUUUAGUGCUUGCGACCAGAUCUGUAAAUGAAACCUUUUUAAAGCAGGUUGAAUUGGUUCCAACAACCUUGAAGUUACCUUGAUGAAAAGUGAUAAAAUGUUCCAAAACUGGUAAAUUGAUAACUUAUCUCCUCUUUACAUGCCAUAAACUAUGAAAAUUCAAUGUGCAGACUUACCAUUUGGAAAUACCUAUGUUUUAUGUAGCUAUGUUCCUCCAGAGACUUCUGUCUCAUGUUAAUGGUAUCUUGUCAACACAUUUCUCCUAAGUGCAAUUUAAAGGAAGCCUUUUAGCUCAUGAUUACAAGGAAUAUUUAGAUAUUCAAUGUUUCUCUGUAACCCAGUUGUACAGUAUACAGUAUGUAAGUAAGACUAUAUAUAUUUAAACAAACCUUUGCUGUCAUUUUGGCCCAUGAUGUAACACAGUACUAUGUUGUAUCUCGUUUUCUGUGAAAGGCAUUUCCUUUUCCAGUGAUAGUCAUGUUUGUUGGAGAGAUUUGUGCAGCAUCAGCAGACCAUGUACACUACUUGGGAAGAGAGAGGAGAGAGAGAGGACCUAAAGAAUGCUCACAUAUAGACUCUUGUCUUUGACUUUACGCUAAUAAGACAACACCCAAGUUUUGACACGUGAGGGAGCCAGACUGGGGCAUCCAGAGCUAUGGUGGCCCUGAUGAGACAGAAAGGACUGAGAGAAGGGGAGGAAUGACUGGGGGUGCGAGAGAGCUGGCUGUUUAACCCCCUGAACUGUCCAUUACGGGUCUCCCAUUAGGUUCCGACGGAAAAAUCGGGUCCGCCCAGAAGAGCCGCCUCACCCACAGUGCGUCCACACCUCCCUGGGUCCGGCCCCGCCAUCGUGGGGCCCGGGAGUCCCACAAGGAGCCUCCGCGACUUGUCCUCCAUAAAGAAAAAGGGACUGAUCUCCAAAGGGAAGAAACUUUUGAAAACACUCGGCGCUGUAAAAUAGUCUCUGGACAUACCCUACCUACGUGAUAAGGAUAUUUCAUUAUAUUAACACCCCCCCCCU